CGAAAAAACAAAACAAAUACGCGUAGCUGAUGCCCAUUUUUCUGGCGACUUUCAUCUAUGGAAACUGGAGAGUUGGAGGAGGCACUGAAGGUGCUCCAAUCCUCUCUUUCUCGAGUCAAAUGGCGACUUAAAUCUAAUUCAAGAAGUCGGAUCCAGACAGAUAUCUUGGCCUUGUGCUCAAGGAUGAGGGCAGUUGUAAUGGUAGACUACGGUGGAAAGAUGCCUGAACUGCAAGAACGACUUUAUGAAGUUAUCAAACAUUGCCAAAAGGAGUCCUCCAUAUUUCAGCAUCUGAGAGUCAUGGUUAUAGAAGACAUGAUAUAUUUGAUACAUGUUCAAGAGCUUGCAGAGUUUGUUUGGUCAAGCUUAAACUCAGAAACCGAAUUGCUUUUUGUGGACCUUGAACGAGAUCCUCCAAAGAUGAUUACACAAACUGAAAAAAGCUUGGUAGCAAUGCAACUUGUAUCAGUUCAGAAGUUGUUUUCUUUAGUCUUUCCUGUUGAUGGAAUGAACAGUGAACUCUUGCCAUGUCACAGGACAGACUCAACACGCAAUGACAAAUCCACCAUUGAUGAGCUGGGAAUUUCAGAGUGUCCUGAAUUUAUUGAUCUCAGUAGCUGCAUGCAAGAAACACAAGUAACUGUGCCAACUCUGAAUGGAUGGCUUCUUGGUUAUCCAGUUGUGUACUUGUUUGGCAAGGAGCAUAUUGCAGAUGCUAUAUACAAUCUUUCCACCAAGUCUCUUCACCUCUUCAAAGUUUUAGUCCACAGGAAUGGUACCUCCAGUAAGGGAAACCAGGAAGAGGAACUGAUGAGUUUUUCAGUGCCUUAUGAUUUGAGCCUGGAAGGGAGCAGUGAACCAUGGGCAGUGGCAUUUCUUGCUCGUGUGCAGGCAAAGUGGGAAAGAUGCAAGCAAGUCUGGGGUUCUCUGCACAUGGAGGUUAAUGGUUGUUAUCCACAAGCAAUUGUAUUGUAGUACUGGCCUACAAAAACAGGGAACAUAGAUGUGGUCGUGUUACAGAAAAUUAAUAAAUGUUUCCUUUCAAUUGAUGUCAUAAUUGUCUGACCAGAUUUUGGGGAGGCUUUUCCCAAUAUAAGCCUUUUUUACAUUGUAUUUCC